GGUUGUACGGCAGUGUAUUGAACAGCCCUUUCUCCACAUCUCUCUCUUCCCCCUCCUGCAGAGUGAGUUCCCCCACAUAGCCCAGUUCUCCAGCCUGUCCCCCAUCCCCGGCUUCACGGCCUGGCUGCAAGGCAUGCUGGGUAGCAGCCGCGGGGGAGGCGGCGGCGGUGGUGGUGGCACCAUCAGCGGCGCGGACCUGCUGUCGGAGCAGGAGUGGCGCGAGGUGGAGGAGACGAUGGGAGUGUCCCCCGGCGCCCCCGCCCUCGACGCCCUGCGUCGCCUCUUGGCCACGGGUGACUGGCAUCGCUCGGAGCGGCUGACGCGCAGCCUGGAGCCGGCCCUGAUGCGGCUGUGCGCCUGGUACCUGUACGGCGAGAAGCGGCGCGGCUACGCCCUCAACCCCGUGGCCAACUUCCACCUGCACAACGGCGCCACCAUGUGGAGGCUGAACUGGGACGCGGACACCAGCCCGCGCGGCGUGGCCAACUCCUGCGGCAUCAUGGUCAACUACCGCUACUUCCUGACGGAGACGGCUGCCAACAGCGCCUCCUACAUGCAGGGGAAGGUAGUGACGGCCUCAGACCUGGUGCUGGCGCUGGUGGCCCAGUUUCAGCAGAACAGCAAGCUGUGAAGCGCUGACGCAAAACGCUGACGGAGGAUGCACAUUACAUACGCGCGCGCACGCACGCACGCACGCACGCACGCACGCACGCACGCACGCACGCACGCACGCACGCACACACACACACACACACACACACACACACACACACACACACACACACACAUACAAAUACAUGUAUACAUCCACUGUGAGCGCAAAUGCUGAGGGAGGAUGCACAUUGCACACACACACACAUAAAUACAUGUAUACAACUACUGGAAGAUACACAGGUGUGCACUCGUGCACUUAUGCAUACAGUCAUACAGAAAUCUACACAAUCUCUUUCUCACACACAUGCCCAUACCUUUACAGAUGUGUCUGCAGCAGAUUCAUGCAUAUGUAUGCACUACACACACACAUGCAUACAGACAAACUGUCCUCUACACACAGUAUGCACAGUAUGCAAUACAAUAUGCACAGCUGAGCAGUACGCAUAUAUACUGUACAUAUAUACAGUAUACAGUACACUGCCAUCUACACACAUAGAGUAUACAGACACAGAGUGUCACUCACAUUCACAGAUGAAAGCCUGAAUGAACUGAACUGAACAUAAUGGAAAAAAACGUAAUUGCACUGGUGUACAGAUCCUCCGUGUACGCCUUUUUGAAGUGUGCCAUCCGCUGCCUCCCUGGCGGGCCUCUCAUUUGAGUGCUUGUUGAAGACAGCAGGAUAUCUACGUAUGUGUCCAGGGAGUGUGUGUUUCAGUGAAGUGGAGACUGCCUUUGCUCUGCUCCGUAUCGCACUCAGCCAAAUGCAGAACUUUUAUUUUGUUUUUUGGGUUUUUGUUUGUUUUUCCUCUUCCUCUUUUUUUGGUUUGGCUAUUGUUGUUUACUUAGUUUUUUUUCUGAGGCACCCUGAGCACUGUCUUCUUUUGCUCGGAACAUGCUUGCUGCUGGAUGCGUGUACGUGGGCCAUGCGGAUUUCAUU